ACCUAAAAGAAAUGCUAAAAAUAAGUAGAGGAUAUGUACAACCAAUGAGCACAUUAAUUAGUGUGUAAAGACAAGGUUCAAAGAGGUGAGGAGUAAAAUCGUAAUUCCAAAGAACAUUGACAAUUACAGAAAGACAAAGAAUUAACAUCUCAGAGGAUUUCCAAUCAUAUAUAAUAUGUUCGGAAUCAAAACGUCUUUGUUUGAUAAAAAUCCAAUGCAAUUCACGAGAAAGUAGGCAAUGAUGGAGUUGAAUGGAAAGAGGGAAGCGGAUCGGAAGGGCCACGAUGCUUUGCAGCGUCCAAGAUGUGGCAGCAGAUCAUGUGAAUAUCCAGUGGGGCAUCGUCGUUGCUCUUCAGGGAGCUGUAUUGCACUACUUGUGUUAGUCUGCAAAUGGUGCCACUCUCUGGGAUGACUGUUUUUGGGCUCAGCUGCUGGGUUUCCUUCGGGUAUGGGAGAGGAAGAUAUGGACAAGUUUUAUGAUCGAGAUGAACAAUGUACGAGUAUGACACACUUUCCAUGUUGAAACUGGGGGUAACUAUGCCGAUGUGAUUCACUUCUAGGGCAUUCCCUUCUUGGUGGAAGGUUUGAAGUCAUGGCAUUACUUGAAAAGAUUGAAGAGUUUUCUGAGGAGCAGAUGACACAGAUGCUGUUAAGCACGGCUGUGGCAUGUGCAACGGUGGCAGCCGUGGCGGCAGCCGUCAUGGUCUGGCAGAAAUUCCACAAGCAUAGUCAUUGCGAUCAGGCGCUCGUCUUACUGUACGAAUUUCGACAUGCCUGCGCUACCCCUUUGUAUGUCUUGCGCCACAUCUCGGAGCAUGUGGCUCUUGAAAUGCAGGCCGGUCUCAAUCAGCCUGGAGGCAGUCAGCUCAUGAUGCUCCCCACUUUCAUUGAAAAACUGCCAAAUGGGUGUGAGAAGGGGCUUUUCUAUGCAUUGGAUUUGAGUGGGACCAAUUUUCGCGUGUUGCGAUGCCUUUUAGGUGGGCCUAAUGCGCGAGUGAUAAAACAAGAGUAUGAAGUGGUCGCCAUUCCGCGUGCACUCUUGCUGGGAACAAGCGAGGAGCUCUUCGACUUCAUCGCACAGAGAUUGAUCUCGUUUAUUAAGCUGGAGGGACCGGAGUUUCAGCGGGGACAUAACUGGAAUGGACAUCAAAUUCGUGAAUUAGGGUUGACAAUCUCUUUUCCCAUCUGCCAGACCUCACACAACACGGGCAUUCUCAUCAAGUGGACUGAAGGAUUCAAGAUUGCCGACGGGGUUGGCAAAGAUGUAGUGGCAAUGCUCCAAAGUGCAAUGGACCGGCAGAAAGGAUUUCAGAUUAGGGUGGCUGUGUUGAUUAAUGACACAGUUGGAACAAUGGCGGGUGGGCACUAUUGGAAUGAUGAUGUGAUGGUAGGCGUGAUUCUAGGGACUAACACCAAUGCCUGCUACGUUGAGUGCAACUUGCCCGAGGACAUCCAGACGAAGAGCGGCAAGAUGGUCAAUAUUCCUUUCUACACUCUGCCUGUGAUCUAUAUGGAAUGGGGUAGGUUUUGGUCAUCACACCUCCCACGCACUUACAUUGACGAGCAGCUUGACAAUGAGAGUGUGAAUCCAGGCGAUAGAGGAUUUGAGAAGAUGACAGGGGCCAUGUACUUAGGUGAGAUAGUUCGUCGCGUUCUGGCGAGGAUGGCACAGGAAGCAAAUUUAUUCGGAGACUCCGUACCAACAAAAUUAAAACAACCUUUCAUUUUGUUAACACUGGAGAUGUCCAAAAUGCACGCAGAUGAGUCACCAGAUUUACGAAUUGUGGACAAAGUUUUGAAAGAUGUCUUUGAUAUCAAACGGACCGAGUUGUCAGAGCGGAGGAUUGUGCACAGCGUCUGCGACACAGUGACCAUGCGGGCUGCUCGGCUAGCAGCAGCAUUCAUUGUGGGUAUCUUGAAGAAAAUCGGGCGGGAUGGUUGGGAUGCGACAGGUGUUAGUAGCAGACUAAUGGCAUUACCACGAGACUCGGAGCAUAGAGCCAGGCUCGAAUUGAAGAGGACCGUCGUUGCUAUGGAUGGAAUUCUAUACGAGCAUUAUCACCGCUUUAGAAUCUACAUGCAAGCAGCCGUCUAUGAGUUGUUAAGUGAAGCCGCUGCCAGGAAACUUGUGAUUGAGCUUUCGAAAGAUGGGUCAGGUACUGGAGCCAGUAUUCUUGCUGCUUGUCAUUCAGAGUUUGCUCCCUCUUAUUCAUGAGUUAUGACUGCCGCAUCGAAAUUAAUUGUGUCUUCUUUUUGUGUAAAUAUCCAUCAACGAUUGGUACAACCCCUUUGGCAAUCAAGUGUUGAUUACCCAGGUAGUAUUUUGUUCACAACCUCUUUUUGAACUUUAGAAUGUGAGCUAUCAUCGGUCCAGUACAACAUGAGCAUGGUGCGCAAGGUAUUUGCUCUCCAUGUAAGACUAGUUAUGACUGCCGCAUCGGAAUGAACUGUGUCCUCUUUUUGUGUAAAUAUCCAUCAAUGAUUGGUACAACCUCUUGGGCAACCAAGUGUUGAGUA